GUUUCGAUUCCGGCCGAAGCUCUCCAGCCUUUCUGGACAGAGGGGUAUCGUAAAUCGUGGGGCGUUAAGUUAAACUCAGCGUCUUCGGCUGACGACUUUCUUCAGCUUUUGACAUUAUUAGAGGGUGCAAUAAAGAGGGAACACUUGUCUUCAAAUUUUGAAACAACAAAUGAACUGUUAAGUUCUGCUAAAGUUUCUUCUGCGGCGGCUAAUAGCACGUCUAUUUCGGGAUCUGUGCCCGUACUUCCAUGGAUACCGGACACUACUUCAGCUGUUGCAUUGAGACUCCUGGAGCUUGAUGCAUCAAUUUCUUAUAUGCCUCAACAAAAAUCAGCAUCUCUGAAAGGAGAAUCUCGAGAUUUCUUU